UCAAACUUCAUUGAUAUGGUAGUUUUUUUCUUUACUUUAUUAAUAGAUGCCACCUGUGAUGGACAAGAAAGAUCUGCAUAUUUUACAGAUGAUUUUUGUCAAGCAUGUGGAGUGGUACUGCAUCUUGAAUCAGAAAGGAUUUCACAUUAUGAGAGUGAAAUACAUGCUCAAAAUGUUAAGUUCUAUUUUCAAGUGCAUGGGGAACAAAACGAAGUGCCUGGUACAAAAGUGAACAUGCAUGUUGAGAAUUCUCAGGUGUACAAGAGUGGAGAAGUCAACAGAAACAAAUUCAGUGGUUUCUGCAACAUGAGUUUUGACUCCUCAGCUGUUGCUCAAUCUCAUUAUGUGGGACAGAGCCAUCCACAAAAUCAGAAGCAAUUACUGGAAGAACAUGAUAGAGAAUCUCCAUCAGGUUGUCAACCAAAGAUGGAUAAACCUAAUACUACUUCAGCAGCACCAACUUUCCUGAAGUCCGUUAUUGUGAAGCCUCCUCCAGCAUAUAGAAUGAGAACCUACGUAUGCCAUAUCUGCAGUAUCACCUUUACAUCUUUACAUAUGUUCCGGUCCCACAUGCAAGGAAGCGAACAUCAAAUUAAAGAAUCUCAUGUUAUCAGUCAAGCAAAGAAUUCAAAGAAGAUGCAAGAGUCUUACCAAGGUGAAUGUGCAGAUUACAGUAAAGUGAAGAAAUCUAGAGAGCUAGAGUCCAGGGCUCAUUUCAGGAAGAUGGAGGAUAAUUACUUGGAAGUCCGUGGGUACAGAGAUAUGGUUGAUUCCAGACCCAGACAUAAAAUGCUUGAACAAAAACAUCCACUUGAAAAUUUCUGGUCACACCCAGGACCAUACAAUAAUUGUCGAGCGGUAGAAGACCAGUUACCUCAUUGUGUACCAGCACAGUCAAAAACAUACGACUCUUUCCAGGAUGAGCUUGAAGAUUACAUCAAAGGGCAGAAGGCCAGAGGACUUGAUCCAAAUAUUAGUUUUAGACGAAUAACAGAAAACUAUAGAUAUAGGGAUCAGAGGUACAAAGAAAGGUUUGAUCCUGGAUACAGACAAAGGAUGUGUGAGGAAAAAUUUUCAUCUGAGUGUCCACAGACCUACCAGCGACAAUACAAUGGUUCACCAGUGGAAGGCCAGUUACCUCACUGGUUACCACCUCAUUCAAAGAGGAGAAAUGAUGAUUUCCAAGCUGAAUUUGAUGAUUACAACAAGGUGCAGGAAUCUAGAGAACUCAAGCCAAAGACUUCUUUUAGAAGAAUUGAUAGUGCUAUUGAAACCCAUAAUUACAGAGAGAUGGAUGACAGAAGAUCCAAGCAUAGAAUGUUUGAGCAAAGAUUCCCGUGUGAGACUUUCCAGACUUACACAGAUCCACACAACAGUUCGCAUGUUGUAGAAAACAAGUUACCUCAUUAUUUACCAGCUUAUGAGAGCCAGCAGAGCCUAGAUUCUGAUAGCUACUAUCAGUUCACGAGAGAUUGUUUCUCAGAAAAACCUGUUCCCCUGAGCCUUAGUCAGCAAGAAAAUAAUCCUGGCUCACACAGUGUAGAGUUUGACAUUUACAAGCAGCUGCCCUCGUAUGACAGUGCCAGUGCCCAUGAAACAAGUCAUAAAAGACGACAUCAGAAGAGAAGGCGACACCUGGAGGAAGGAAAAGAAAGGCCAGAGAAGGAACAAUCCAAGCAUAAAAGAAAAAGGAGCUGUCAGGAUAAAGAUUUAGACCAAGACAAGAGCACCGAACAAACUAAAGGAGAGGAAGAUAAAGCUGGGGUCAGCUCUGAGAAAAUAAAGCAUCGAAAAAAGAAAAGGAAACAUGAAGCAGCCUCAGAGAAGGAAGAACGUAAGCACAAGAAGGAGAAAAAGAAGUCUGUUGAAGAAAGAACAGAAGAGGAAAUCCUUUGGGAUGAGUCAAUUCUUGGGUUUUGAACUUAGAGAAUACCCAGGAAUGGAUAAAAGAAAAUAAUGCUAAUUUAGAUAAAGACAGGAGUAACUGGUAAAGUCAAGGAAAGGUAGGCAAAUUGUCAGCUCAAAAAAAAACCUUUGAGGUUUUUUGUUUGCAAAAAUUGAAAUUCAACAUGAGAAACUCAAGCCUUUAAGGAAAUGUUUUGAGGUAAACCUACUCAAGGAUUUUGAACUUUUAGUUUUACUUACAGAAGAGUGAGUCAAGAAAAUCAGUGGGAAAAAAUUCUGAGGAAAUUUAGAUAAAAAUCAAGCGCUUCAAAUGAAGAGAAUUGGUUAAAAAAAAAGUGUCAGAUCGUGAAAAGAGUCUCUCUCUCUCUCUCUCUCUCUCUCUCUCUCUCUCUCUCUUG